AUGGCGGCUGCGAAGCCAACCCCCACGGACUCGCUCUCGUUUUGCCUCGCGCAGCUCACGGCGGCGGCCGGGGAGGGUCUUGGUGGGGGAAAGGACACAGCUGCCAACGAGACAUCCUUGGGCCGUGUGCUCCUAGCCCUCCGUACGCGCCACAUCAAGGCAGCAGGGGGAAUCGAGCGCUUCCGGGCACGCGGCGGGCUCCGCCCCCUUCUCGCUCUGCUACGGCGAGCGGCUGCAGCGGGCCCCGCCCCGUUCCAGGCUGGCCCCGGCUCCGCCCCCUCGUCGGCGGAGUCUGCGGCUUCUGAUGGCUCCGCCCCCUCGCCGGGCCCCGCCCCCUCCGCCGCGGCGUCUUCGCCGCCAGCACGCCUGCGCAAGACGCUGGACUUAGCGCUCAGCAUCCUAGCCAACUGCUGUACCGAAGGGGCGUGCCGGGCCGAAGUGCGCAGACUCGGAGGCAUUCUUUCUUUGGUGACUAUUCUUCAGUGCGUGAAGACAGACAGCAUCCAGAACCGAACCGCCCGUGCUCUGGGGAACCUAGCCAUGGAACCUGAGAGCUGUGGGGACAUCCAUUCUGCUGGUGCCGUUCCUCUGCUCGUUGAGAGCCUGACAGCCAGCCAGGACUCAGACUGCCUGCAGAGUGUGGUCCGGGCCCUCCGCAACCUGGCGGACUCACCCCAGCACCGCCUGGCCCUGUCACAGCAAGGAGCAGUGCGCCCACUGGCCGAGCUUCUGGCUGCUGCUCCGGACUCCGCGCUGACCUUGGCCCUAGUCCGUGCUCUCCUGGAAUUGAGUCGAGGCUGCUCCCGAGCCUGUGCUGAGCAGCUGAGCCUAGGUGGGGGACUCGGCCCACUGGUCAGCCUGGCUUCCCACCCUAAAAGGGCAGUACGUGAGGCGACUAUCCUGAUCCUUGCCAAUCUUUGCGCCCAGGGCCUGGUACGGCCUGCACUGGGCAAUGCUGGUGGUGUGGAGGUGCUGCUAGGUGAGCUGCAGAGGCGCCGGGGCCCCGGCGGGACGAGCCCCGCCUCUCAGCAGCCCCUGGUGCGGGCUGUGUGCCUACUGUGCCGGGAGGCCAUCAACCGGGCCCGACUUCGGGAUGCUGGUGGCCUGGAGCUGCUGAUGGGCCUCCUGAGGGACCCUCGCGCCAACUCCUGGCAUCCUCGUGUCGUGGCUGCCCUUGUGGGCUUCCUCUAUGACACUGGGGCCCUGGGCCGGCUACAGGCUCUGGGACUUGUACCCCUCUUGGCUGGACAGCUGUGUGGUGAAGCAGGUGAUGAAGAAGAAGAGGGGAGAGAAGCUGCUUCCUGGGACUUCCCUGAGGAGCGGACCCCUGAGCGGGCAGAAGCGGGAAGCUUCCGAAGCCUCAGGUCUUGGCUCAUCUCCGAGGGCUAUGCCGCAGGCCCCGGAGACAUCUCUCCUGACUGGUCCCCAGAACGCUGUCCGCCACCAGAGCCGGCCGAACCUACCAGCCCUUCCCCGGGCCCAGCCUCACUGCGCACACCUCGUGCUCUGCGCACGCCGAGCCGCAGCCCUGGCACCUCCGAGGAGCCUUGGGGCCGGGAGGGGCCGGCGCUGUUGCUGUUGUCGCGCUUCUCCCAGGCUCCCGACCCUAGCGGGGCGCUGGUGACUGGCCCGGCCCUGUGUGGCCUGCUGGCCUAUGUGACGGGAGCACCGGGUCCUCCGAACCCCCGCGCACUGCGCAUCCUGACGCGCCUCACCUGCAACCCUGCCUGCCUCGAGGCCUUUGUUCGCAGCUAUGGCGCUGCGCUCCUGCGUGCCUGGCUGGUACUCGGUGUCUCCCCGGACGACUGGCCAGCGCCCCGGGCCCGGCCCACUCGCCGCAACCAGCACCGGGAGCUGGGUGAGAUGCUGCUGCAGAACCUGACCGUGCAGGCCGAGUCGCCCUUCGGGGUGGGUGCCCUCACUCACCUGUUGCUCUCUGGAAGCCCUGAGGACCGUGUAGCCUGCGCACUGACCCUGCCCUUCAUCUGCCGGAAGCCCUCUCUGUGGCGCCGGCUACUUCUGGACCAGGGCGGCCUCCGUCUCCUCCUGGCGGCACUGACUCGGCCAAUUCCGCAUCCACUCUUCCUCUUCUUUGCUGCCGACUCCCUCUCCUGCCUCCGAGGCCUGGUGUCUCCCACUGUGAGCCCAGCCCUCCCACCUGCCAUGCCCUGUGAACUGGACCCACCCUCCCCUUGCCUCUAUGAACCUCUGCUGGGCCCAGCUCCCAUCCCAGCCCCUGACCUGCACUUCCUGCUGGACUCAGGCCUGCGGCUCCCUGCCCAGCGAGCUGCCUCAGCGACUGCCUCCCCUUUCUUCCGUGCCCUGCUGGCUGGCAGCUUUGCUGAGGCUCAAAUGGACCUGGUGCCACUUCGAGGCCUGUCACCCAGUGCAGCCCGGCCUGUCCUGCAUCACUUACAUGGCUGCCGGGGCUGUGGGGCUGCCCUGGGGCCUGUCCCCCCACCAGGCCAGCCCCUGCAGGGCUCAGAUGCUGAGGAGGCACUAGAAGCUGCCGGCCGUUUCCUGCUACCUGGUCUCGAAGACGAGCUGGAAGAGGCUGUGGGCCGUGUCCACCUGGGACCCCAGGGUAGCCCUGAGUCAGUGGGUGAAGUGUUCCGCCUGGGCCGGCCCCGGCUGACUGCCCACUGUGCUCGCUGGACACUGGGGCCAGGGCAGUGCCCACGGAAGCGGGCACUGGCCCUAGUAGGGCUUGUGGAGGCAGCAGGCAAGGAGGCAGGACCCCUGACUGAUGCUUUACUGGCUGUGGUGACGGGAGUUGAACUGGGGGGCAGGGGCCCCAGCCUAGACUGUUGAUGAUCCCUGGGAGGAGACUGAACGAUGAUUUGGUUAUGAAGGAAGCCUGCCUCAGAAUGGCAGGAGGAGGCUGAGCCUACAGAGUCACCAUCCAGAACUGAUGAGAGGAUGGAACUGGACCCCAAAAUGAAGGUCCAAAGGCCCAGGAGUGAGGAACGGAGACCAGAGUUUGGGCAUGGAGCCCAUGAGAUGGAGACCAGCCCAGCAACCAGGCACCGGCCUGGCCACGUCUUCUGGAGAUGAAUUAAAUCAUUGGACUUGU